AUGCAGACUUAUCCCAUCCUCGUAUCUCUUGCCUUAGCUGGCUCCGCGGCUUCUCAGCAAAUUUGGGAUAUUUGGCAAACAACAUGGGAUCGUUUAAAGCUCUUCAGCUCUUUGUCUCCUACUUCCCCUAUCAAUUUCGUCACCCCAGGUCCGAUUGGCAGUGCGGAUAUCCUCGUCAACGAUGCAAUUAAAUUUCAGACUAUCGCCGGUUUUGGAGGCUCUCUCACCGACUCAUCUGCUCUCAUUUUGAACAACUCGAAGUCAAACAACUCUCAAAAUUACUGGACGUUGCUGAAUCAUUUGUUCUCCCCGAUGUAUGCCGCUAAUGCCGCUGGUCUCAAUUACAUUCGUGUUACAGUCGGAGCUUCUGAUUUUUCUGCGAACCUCUAG